UGCAUCCCUUCCUCAGCCCGCCUUGGAGUUCUUGGGAUGGCCAACAAUCCUCUUGCUGGCCUGCAUCUCAUGCCUUCUCAUUGCUGCAUGGAGAAGUUCAUCACAAAGAGGGAAGGAGCCUCCUGGUCCCACACCAAUCCCCAUAAUUGGAAAUGUUUUUCAGCUAAACCCAAGGGACUUGAUGGAAAGCUUCAAGGAGCUCAGCAAAAAGUACGGCCCUAUCUUCACAGUACAUCUAGGCCCCAAAAAGGUUGUGGUGCUCUAUGGCUACGAUGUUGUGAAAGAAGCCCUGAUUGAUAAUGGAGACGCCUUCAGUGGGAGAGGCAAUCUGCCACUUUUAGAGAAAGUUUUCAAAGGCAUAGGCAUUUUGACCAGCAAUGGGGAGACCUGGAGGCAGAUACGACGAUUUACCCUCACCACCCUGCGUGAUUUUGGAAUGGGGAAGAAGGGCAUUGAGGAGCGAAUCCAGGAGGAAGCUCGUUUUCUGGUGGAGAGGAUCAGGAACACACAUGAGAAACCUUUCAAUCCUACUGUGUCUUUAAUACAUGCUGUUUCCAACAUCAUCUGCUCCAUUGUAUUUGGGGAUCGGUUUGACUAUGAGGACAAGAAAUUUCUGGAUUUAAUUGACAUGCUGGAAGAAAAUGAAAAGUACCAGAACAGAAUACAAACACAGCUCUACAAUUUCUUCCCAACCAUCCUGGAUUCUUUACCUGGGCCUCAUAAAGCAAUAAUAAAAAACAUUGAUAAAGUUGAUGACUUCAUAACUGAAAUUGUAAAAGCACACCAGGAAUCUUUUGAUCCCAGCUGCCCUCGAGAUUUUAUUGAUGCUUUUAUCAACAAAAUGCAACAGGAGAAAGGGAACUCUAUUUUCACUGUUGAGUCCUUGACCAGGACCACACUUGACUUGUUCCUUGCGGGAACUGGGACAACCAGCACCACACUGAGAUUCGGACUCCUGAUUCUCCAGAAAUACCCAGAGAUUGAAGAGAAAAUUCACAAGGAGAUUGACCGUGUGGUGGGCCGAGACCGAAGGCCCUGCAUGGCAGACAGGAGCCAGAUGCCAUACACAGAUGCUGUGAUCCAUGAAAUCCAGAGAUUCAUUGAUUUCCUUCCAGUUAACCUACCACAUGCUGUGACCAAGGACAUCAAGAUCAGAGACUAUUUCAUUCCCAAGGACACCAUGAUAUUCCCUUUGCUGUCUCCCAUCCUGCAAGACUCCAAGGAAUUUCCUAAUCCAGAAAAAUUUGACCCGGAACAUUUCCUGAAUGCAAAUGGUACCUUCAGAAAGAGUGACUACUUCUUGCCAUUUUCCACAGGAAAACGCAUCUGUGCAGGAGAAGGUCUGGCCCGCAUGGAGAUAUUCUUAUUUUUAACAUCCAUCCUGCAGAACUUUACUCUGAAGCCCGUUGUAGAUCACAAGGAUGUUGACACUUCUCCCAUAGUCACCUCUGCAGGAAAAGCUCCCCGAUCUUAUGAAGUGUCAUUUAUUCCACGUUAGACAAGUGAAGACAGCUGGCACCUCUCAAAUUAGAAUGACAGUCUUCUUGAACGACAGUCAUUGCCCAUCCUGAUGAGACUGAGACACUCAGAUAAUUCGCUAGUUUCUUCAGGGACAGAAAAGUUAUGCUUUUAAAGAAAAGUAAUUGCAUGCUGUUCUUAUAAUCAGUACAGCCAGCUCUAAACAGAAUCAUAGUGGGUGAAUGUGUAGGGAAGGUGACAGUUCUUAGGGAGAAUGAUAGAGGCUCUCCUUUGCACUUACAUUACCAGCUCAAGUUCCUGUCUAGUUCCUGAUGUGUCAGGUUGUGCAGGCUCUAAGAACCCUUUUGCUGCUGCUGCUGCUGCUGCUGUCCCCAUCACCUGAACCUCUCAGCAUAGAAGGAAAAGAUGCUUGCCCCACAGACUGUUUCAGGCACAUCUCUCUGUGUUUUCAGUGAUCUGUUGCUUGUGAUCUGUUUGUAAAGGAAAUCAUAAAGCAACAUGGAACCAUUUCAUUCUGUCAGAACACGACCAUCUACUGUAUUCUUGUCCUAGUACAUAUCAUUUACCCAUAGUGUGGAACAAGUUAAUAUGAUGGCUGAGCAAAUGGAUCCUCUCUUCUGUAAUUAUAGUGAAGGUCUGUAAAAAUAAAAUCUAUACUGCAAAUCUAA